AUGAAUACAGACGGUGGACGUUUUGAUUUUAAUGAUGGUGGUACUUAUAUUGGUAAUUGGUAUCAAGGUUCAGCUCAUGGACUUGGUUUAGCUACAGGACCAAAUGGUGUUGGUGAAUAUUCUGGUGAAUGGAAUUUAGGUUUUGAAACAUGUGGUGUAUAUUUAUGGCCAAAUGGAAAUAUGUACGCUGGUACAUGGAUUAAAGGAAAACGUCAUGGUAAUGGUAUUCAAGUGAGAGGAAAAUGGAUUUAUCAAGGUGAAUUUAAUUCAGGUGCUUUUAAUCAAUAUGGAGUGAAAACAUCAAUAAAUAAUCAAGCAAAAUAUGAAGGUAGUUGGAAUGUAAAUCGAUUUGAAGGUUUUGGAAUUGAAACAUGCGCUGAUGGAAGUAUAUAUGCUGGUGCUUGGUCAAAAGGAUUUCGUCAUGGUUUAGGUGUUCGUAAAUCAUUUAUUAGUUAUAAAACUAAUACAUUAUCAGAUAAUUCACCAAAUACUACUGUAAACAUGGAAACAAUAACUACUACUACUAAUCCUAUUACCACCAUCACCACCACCAUCACCAUCACCACCACCACCUGUACCACCACCACCACCACCACAACAACAACAACAACAACAGCAAAGAUACCGAUUACAAAAACAGAAUAUCUAAAUGAAUUAGAUCAAAUGAAAAACAUUCAUAUCAUUAAUCAAUCACUUAAAUCUAAUGAUAAACAUCAUAGUUCUAAUAUAAAUUUACCAUUAAAAGAAACUUUAUCCGUAAGUCGUAAAGCUUUAAUUGGUAGAGCAAUUAUGCGUCGAUUAAAAAAACAACAUUCAGCGAUUGAAUUAGGUCGGUCAAUAAAUAGUACUAAUGCUACUCCUACUACUCCUACUACUACUAAUACUAAUACUACUUAUAACAAUACUACUACUACUACUAAUGACAAUACUACUACUCCUACUACUACUAAUACUACUAUGAAUAAUCCAUUAAGUAAUCUAAAUGAUACACAUGGAAAUAAUACAACAAAUAAAGAAAAAAUACAAAAAAAUAUUGAUUAUAUUAUUGAUUUUCAAUCAAAUAAUACUAAUAAUCAAUAUAUUAGUGUAAUAGAAAUAUAUUCUGGUGAAUGGUUUCAAGAUCAACGUUCUGGUUAUGGUAUAUCAGAACGUUCUAAUGGUAUAAUAUAUAUUGGUGAAUGGAUACGUAAUCAAAAACAUGGUUAUGGUAUAUUAAUUAAUCCAAAUGGUACACGUGAUGAAGGACAAUUUCAAGCGAAUCAAUUAAUUAAUAAAAUUAAUCGUAAAAAUAAAUUACAUUUAGUACGUCAAACAAAAUUAAAAGAAUGUGUUGAAUAUGCAUUAAUACGUGCUGAAACUGCAGCAAAACAAGCGAAAUUAAUAGCAUUAGAAGAAGCAAAAGAAAAUCCCUAUCAUACUGAAGUCUCUAAACAACUCAAAUCUCAUAUUCAUCCACAUUAUUGGAUACCAGAGAAUUAUACAGCUUAUUCAAAGAUGGAUAGUAAACAAUUCAAUAUACCACAAUCUCAAUUAUCAUUAUUACAACCAAUCACUAAAUCGAUUCAUUCAUAUCCAUUAGAUGAUACUGUUGAUGGAAUUGUACCAGAUGUUGAAUGUAUCAGUGAAAAGUCAGAAUUAAGUUCAACAACAAUUCAAUCAACACCUUAUGAUCAAUCAAUAAAUAUUGAUUCAACAAUGAAUGAAUCUGAUCCGAUUCAAUUAAGAGAAUCUCCUAUGGAUUUAAAGAAAUUAUAUUUAUUACGACAUAUUAAUCCAUUAGAUAAUAAUCAAUGGGAUAAUACAAAUUCAUAUGAUGUUAAUCAAUAUCAAAUACCGACAGUUUACACUACUGAUGACGGACAUCAUCAUGAUGAUGAUGAUGAUAAUGAUAAUGAUGAUGUGAAUGAAAAUGUAGGUCCGGUUAUUAUCAAUCCUACUGAUGAUAUAGAUGAUGACGAUAAUGUUUAUGAAGAUAGUGCAACUUUAUAUAAACAGUCUAUAAUUCCAAAGGGUCAUCAUCACUCGUUGGAACGAUACGGAUCAUUGUUGCCAAAUCAAAGAUUACCUGAUGGUAAACGAAUUAUAAUGAAUGAUCGUUCAACACAAUCUCAAACGAAAUUAUACACUAUUCGUAAUUCUAAUUGCUAUCAGAAUUUGCCUCAAAUACCUACCAGUAAAAUGUUAUCUUCACCUUCAUUUAUACAUAAUGAUCAUAUUUAUCAAACAGAUGAAGAUAUUCAUUCAAUGAAUUAUGGAAGAUUUACAUCUGUUGAAUAUAUAAAACCAUCCCAAGGAACUUCGUAUGGAAUACAAGAUUCCACAUAUAUAGAUCCCCGUGAGAUGAAUAGAAUAAAACAAACAAAUUUAGAUAAUCAUAAUCAAUAUAUAAUGAAUAGGACACUUACAGAUAAUAAACAAUUUCGACCAUCAUCUUCACCAUCAACCUCAUCAUUGACAUUAUCCUUGUCAUCGUCAUCAUCCGCCGCCUCCUCCUCCUCCUCAUCAUCAUCAUCAUCAACAACAUCAACAUCAUCAUCAUUAUCUACACCAACAUUAUCUACAGUAUAUACAAAUUCUAUAUGUCCAAGUAAAUAUGUUUCUACACCAUUAACAAAUGCUAAUAUAUUAUGGAGUCAAGAAAUGAAUCCAUUUUCUUUAAGAAAUUCAAUGUAUACAGGAUCAUUAAAACAAUUUCCUAAACAAUUUAUACAAUCUACAUAUCCAAAUUAUAUUAGUAAUAAUACUACUACUAGUAAUAAUAAUACUACUACUAUGAAUAUUGAUUACGACACUACCGAUACUACUACUAAUACUACUGAUACUACUAAUAAUGAGAAAUGGUUAUAUAAUACAAUACAAUCGAAUGAAAUCAAUCUAUCAUCAAUGAAAUCAAAUCGAUUAAGUAAUUUUCAUAUCAAAGAAGAUGGAUUAUUCAUGAAUAAACAUCGUCGUUGUAUAAGUUGGCCUCAUACAUUAUAUGAAUCUAUACCAAAGAUAUGCUACAAUGAAUAUAAACAUUCUAUGAUCACUACUAAUAGAACUAAUGAUAGUAAUGAAUUAAAACAAAAAACAUUGAAAAGUUUACCGGUUACAUUGAAUUCAAAUAGAAACGUAAUAGAUUCAUUCAUUUCAACAACGAAUACAUCGAAUAAGUUAAAUGAGACUUAUUUUUCAUAUAAUAAUCCAUGGUACUCAUUAACUUUAAUGAAUACAGUCAUAUUAAUAUUGGUACUUAUUAUUUCAUUAAUCAAUUGGUUAUGGUAUGAAGAGAAACGAAGAAAAUCGAAUAUACCUUCUUGA